AUGAAGUUCACAUUCGCUACCACCGUCACUCUCGCCUCUCUGUCGUCUGUCCUGGCAGUCCCAGCAACAAAGCAAGCCGCUGCUGAGAAGUGCGUUCCCCUGGAUUCCACCUUCCAGCUCAACGUCCCCCAUGGCUCAACCGAGAUUCCUCUUGUAAUUUACGGUGGCUUCAAGUGGAAGAUUCCCAAGGCUGCAGCUGAGGGAUCUCUUGUCUCUUUCUUCGGAAAUUUCAGAAACAACCAGACCACUUCCUCUCAAGUCACGACGGUUUCAAACUCGACCUCAGAGGACGGCGGACCUUCGACAAGCAGUGGUUCAGCAUUCGCAAAUGGAACACAAAUCAUCACCACCACCUUCUCAAGUGGCAAUGCAUCUAGCGCAGCAGCAGGAGCCCAAGACACCACAACCAGCAGCUCCACCUCCUCCUCCGGCGACUCAAACUCCACCGCCAUAGCAAACGCAGCAGGCGUAGUCUCCAUCGUCACAAACGCCACAGUCGCCGAAGCUUCAAACGCCCAAUCCCUUCAGAACGAGCGUCAAGCCGCCGCAGCAACAUCCUGUGCCGCCGACAACGAUGGCGCCUCUGCCUCUGCCGAUCAAAUCAACACUGUAACUUUCUCCUCUGCUGAUGGUGUGCAAUAUGAGAAUACUGCUUAUGCGGCUUGCUCGGCUGGUGUGGUGGCACCUAGCAGUGGAAGUACUGGAAGUUCGUCUUCGGGGAGUCAGGCUAGUGUUAGUGGGGUUACUGCGCAGGUCACUUGUGAUGGUACGACUACUACUGUUGUGGAUGAUAACACUUCUUAUGCUAUUACAGUCAAGGGAAGUUACUGCCAAAAGUCGGGCUUCUCGGGUGCUCUCGUUGGACAGAGGGUCGCUCAUGCAGAGGCAGAGUGUUAA